AUCAAAAUGCUCACCGUGUAGGCGUGGGCAAAACGAAGUCGAGGUCAAAUUUUCUCCUGCAAAUUGGGGGAAAAAGAAGCCGAUUUUGUCGCCUCCAUUCGAAUCCUCCAUAACCUUCGAAGCCCUGUUUUCCAUUUCAUAAUUUUCCCGGCGGAAGCGUUCGAUUUUUCUUCACCAAGAUGUUGAGGAUUGCAGCUCGGAGGCUUUCUUCACUCUCUUCUUCCCAUUUCAGGCCCACUAUUGCCUCUUCUUUGCCCAGUUCUCACAAGAUCAUCGAUGGCUCUGAUUCCGCCUCAUCCAGUGAUUUCAGAUCUUUCAACACCUUCCCUUUUGGACCCCACUUUGAUCGUAGCUGUAGAGGUUUUGCUUCUGAUGCAUUGACUUCAACAAAGGAAAACAUCUUAGUUCCUGAUGUUCCUGCUACUGUAGCAGCCGUUAAGAACCCUACAUCAAAGAUAGUCUAUGAUGAAUACAAUCAUGAGCGAUUUCCUCCGGGUGACCCCAGCAAGCGUGCCUUUGCUUAUUUUGUCUUGUCAGGUGGUCGGUUUGUCUAUGCUUCUUUGAUUCGUCUCCUUGUUCUCAAGUUUGUGCUUAGCAUGUCUGCCAGUAAGGAUGUUCUUGCCCUUGCAUCACUUGAGGUUGACCUCUCAAGCAUUGAGCCUGGUUCUACUGUGACGGUUAAGUGGCGUGGAAAACCAGUAUUCAUUAGAAGGCGAACAGAGGAUGAUAUUAAGUUAGCAAACAGCGUCGACCUUGGAUCACUGCGUGACCCACAGCAGGAUGGCGAGAGAGUUAAGGAUCCAGAAUGGCUUGUUGUGAUCGGCGUCUGUACGCAUCUUGGUUGCAUUCCAUUGCCAAAUGCUGGUGAUUUUGGUGGUUGGUUUUGCCCAUGCCAUGGUUCCCAUUACGAUGUCUCCGGUAGGAUCCGUAAAGGACCAGCACCCUACAAUUUGGAGGUACCUACUUACACCUUUUUGGAAGAUAACAAACUUUUGAUUGGUUAAGAGAUCAAGCUAUUUUUCUGGGGUUGUAGUGGUUUUGGAACCUUCAUCAAUGAUAAUGUCGAAGAUUUGUUGCAGACAUGUUUUAUUAUUAUUUUUUUUCCUACUCAAUGUCUUUGAGUUGAUCUUUAUGUAAUGAGAAUACUGUAACUCCCGUAUCUUGGUGCAUGAAUGAAUCUGAAUAAGUUGCUUGAAUGGGUGUUGCCCCCCAUAAAGUGAGUGCUUUUGAUUUUGGUUGGUAAUAGAACUGAUAGUGAAAUAGCCACCAAAUUUUCAUUGUA